CUCUUCUCCCCGCAGCUCAUCGACUACGCCAAGCGGGGCGACCGCGAUGAGAAGGCCAUGCGCAUGGCGGACUUCUGGCUGACGGAGAAGGACCUCAUCCACAAGCUGUUCAAGGUGCUGGCGCCACGGUACCAGCCGCACCCCGGCAAGUACACGCGCAUGCUGCACAUCCCCAACCGCGACACCAUAGACCGUGCCAAGAUGGCCGUCAUCGAGCUCAAGGGCAACCCCUUCCCGCCGCUCAUCCGCCCGCAGCCCGACAGUGGGAAGACGCUGCUCAACCAGCUCCUCCAGGGCUACCGGGAGGACAUGCAGCGGGCCACACGCGCCCCCGAGGGCACCGCCGUGUAGGUCCCCGUCUCCUUCCCCAAGGAAGCCUCACGCAAGUGUGGGGAUGGGGCUUGGCAUGA